CAGGGGGGCAGCUGCUCGUGUCUUCAGCCCGCUGGGAGGCUAACCGAUCCGCCUCUCGACCUGGACCACACUUCUACAGCUUCUUAACACACAAAAGAAAGCGCAGCGAUGUUCACAUGUUCUUCUUUCAUGCUUUGAGCCGAUCAACAACCCCCAAAACGGCGACGUGACUUGUUGAGGAUUCAGGGGGGAAUGCUUCUCCACACCGUCAGGAAAGAGCAGAGAGUGACAGUCAAUUCAGCCCGUUCCCAUCUGGAGACAUGCACUGGACGGUGGCUGACUGCAAAGCUCUGCUGCUGCUGAUUGUUCUACUGUGGGAUGAAACCGGAGCCUUGGGACUGAAAGCCACAGUAUGGCCGCUGUAUUCCCAGAAGCCCCUGCUGCUGGCGUGGAACGCCCCGACGGAGGACUGCUCCCCACGGCAUCGCGUCUCUCUUCAGCUGGACCAGUUCCAGAUCGUGGCCUCCCCCAAUGAGGGUUUCGUGAGGCAGAACCUCACCAUCUUUUAUAAUGACCGCCUGGGCCUGUACCCCCAUUAUGAGCCGGACGGAACGCCUGUCAACGGGGGUCUGCCGCAGAUUGCCAGUCUGUCACAGCACUUGGAAAAGAUGCCAGAAGGGGUGAAAAAGUACAUACGUGAGCCCAAUGCCAAAGGCCUGGCAGUUAUUGACUGGGAAGAAUGGCGUCCCCUUUGGAUACGCAACUGGGAGGCGAAGGACAUUUACCGCCGACAUUCUCGUGAGCUGGUGCGCCAGAAGAACCCCACCUGGCCGCCCGAGCGGGUGUCCAAAGUGGCCCUCCAGGAGUUUGAGAUGUCUGCCAAGAAGUUUAUGCUGGAGACACUGAAGCUUGCCAAGCACCUGAGGCCCAAUCAGCUUUGGGGUUUCUACCUGUUCCCGGACUGCUACAACCACGACUACAGGCGGACCCUGGAGAGCUACACUGGUCGCUGCCCUGACGUGGAGGUGGCGCGCAACGAGCUGCUCAAUUGGCUGUGGACCGAGAGUACGGCUCUCUUCCCGUCCAUCUAUAUGGGCAGGGUGCUGCGCUCGUCUGCUUCCGGACGCCAAUUCGUAAGAAACCGUGUGAAGGAGGGCAUGCGUUUGGCAUCAUCUGGUGAUGGGCUAGCGCGUCCCGUCUUUGUGUACACUCGGCCCACGUAUAUGAACUCUCUGGAGCAGUUGACAGAGAUGGACUUGGUGUCCACCAUCGGGGAGAGCGUGGCUUUGGGAGCAGCUGGCAUCAUCCUGUGGGGAGACGCAGCCUACGCCAGCAACAAAACCACCUGCUCGGAUCUGGAUGCUUAUCUCCGGGGUCCGCUGGGCAAAUACCUCCUCAAUGUCUCCACGGCAGCCGAGGUAUGCAGCCAGGCUCUGUGCUAUUCCCAUGGCCGCUGCUUACGCCGGGACCCCGAUGCCGACGUUUACUUGCACCUGAACCCUGCCACGCACAGCCUGCGGGUCGGACCAGGCGGCAGGCUGGAGGUGGUCGGCGAGCCGGGCCGGGAGGACCUGGUGGGCUUCGGCUCCAUGUUCCGGUGUCAGUGCUAUAGCGGUUUUGAGGGGGAGCGAUGCGAGAAGAUGGACCCUCUGUAUCAGAAAGGAGCGGCGUGUCUAACCUCGGCGUCGGCUCUGCAGUGUGCUAUCUUUCUGCUUUUCUAUGUUUGGGUGCAACACAUACUGUAGACCAGGGGUUCUCCAAUUUUUGGGGUCCCAGGACCCCUUACCUGGAUGGCUAUGGGGGGAAGACGAUAGGAUAAUUUACUGUAAAUUUCCAUGGGAAAUUAAAAUGGGGAACUUGGAAAAUAUUCCAAACUAUGCAAUUAUGGGAGUCGAUUGGGAAUUUGGGGUAUUUUCAUGGAAAAGUAUCUGAUUCAAGCUUAAAGAUGGUGGAUUUGAUAAGUCUACACACCCCAGUUGAAAAAAAAUACAUAUCAAGAUCGUUUCAAAACUUUGUCCAUAAUUAAUGUAUAUAUGUACAACUCCACUGAUUAAAAAAAAUCUUUUAAGAAGUGGAAUUAAAAAUAAACAACUGCGAUCAUGGUCCUGUACAAGUGUGCACA